CUGGAGCGUAGAUUUAGAACGUAGCCCAGGCAGGAUGACGUGUAAAUGUCAAAUUGACAAGUGCCGUCAUCUUUUCGUUUCGUGUCUGUGAUGAUUUCUUUUUAUUGAAAUAAUUUAGUUUAAUUAAAAACUAAUGACCUAAAUAUUAUAAACAGUGAAUGGCAUUUAGUAAAUAUCGUCAACAUGUCCACACUCCGAGAACGUCAACUAAAUGCUCUUAAGCAAAUGCUCAACUUGAAUCAGCCCAUAACUAAGAGUAUAGCAAACGAACCUACUUGGAAAGUUCUAAUAUAUGACAGAGUUGGACAAGAUAUAAUUUCUCCCCUUAUAUCAGUCAAGGAGCUGAGAGAACUAGGCGUGACUUUACACGUUCAACUUCAUUCAGAUAGAGAUCCAAUACCUGAAGUACCGGCAGUAUACUUCUGUGCUCCAACAGAAGAGAAUAUUGGUAGAAUAUGUCAAGAUCUUGACAAUGGCAUAUAUGACCUUUACCAUUUAAACUUUAUUUCACCGAUAACAAGGCAAAAACUCGAGGACUUGGCAGCAUCUGCCAUACACUCUAAUUCUGCUGUAAAUAUUCAAAAAGUUUAUGAUCAAUAUCUUAAUUUUAUUUGCUUGGAAGAUGAUCUUUUUAUUAUGAAACACCAACAAUCAGAUUUAUUAUCUUACUAUGCUAUAAAUAAAGGUGACACAAAAGAUACUGAAAUGGAAACAAUCAUGGACAACAUAGUAGAGAGUUUAUUUUCAGUAUUUGUUACACUAGGUAAUGUCCCAAUCAUAAGAAGCAGUAAAGGAAAUGCAGCAGAAAUGGUUGCCAAGAAACUAGACAAAAAGUUAAGGGAAAACUUGUGGGACGCUAGAAACAAUUUAUUUCAUGGUAACACUGGACAGGGCGGCUCCUUAAGUUUUACAAGGCCUAUGCUCAUUUUGUUAGAUAGAAAUAUAGAUAUGGCCACCCCUCUACAUCACACAUGGACAUACCAGGCACUGGCUCAUGAUGUACUAGACUUGUCACUAAAUAGAGCAAUGGUUCCAGAAAGCUCGAAUACAGCAGUGGCAUCAGGCCAUAAAGUAAAGACCCGUGUUUGUGAUUUGGAUUCCAAAGACCCAUUAUGGGUGGAACACAAGGGCAGCCCAUUUCCCACUGUUGCAGAAGCAAUACAAGAAGACUUAGAUAAAUAUAGGAGUUCAGAAGCUGAAGUGAAAAAGUUGAAAAGCUCAAUGGGCUUGGACGCAGACAGUGAUCUGGCCCUAAGCCUCGUGAGCGAUAACACGCAGCGAUUAACAAGCGCGGUCAACUCAUUGCCACAGCUUAUGGAAAAGAAACGUCUUAUUGAUUUACACACUACCAUAGCCACAGCAAUCCUCAACGCGAUAAAGUCUAGAAGGUUGGACUCGUUCUUUGAAUUAGAAGAAAAGAUAAUGAGUAAAAGCAGUAGUGUAGAAAGUAAAGCCGUUGUGGACUUAAUAGCUGACCCAAGCGCUGGUACAGAAGAAGACAAAAUGCGCCUUUUCAUAAUUUACUAUCUGUGCACCUCGCAAAUACCCGAAGACGAAUAUAAGAAGUUCGAGACUGCACUGCAGGAAGCUAACUGCGAUAUUAAACCGAUGACGUAUAUGAGAAGACUAAAAGGCUUCACAAAAAUGUCGAGUCAAUAUGAAGGCGGAGGGACAAAAACAGUUUCCAUGUUCUCAAAAUUGGUGUCGCAAGGUUCUUCGUUUGUAAUGGAAGGGGUGAAGAAUUUAGUAGUAAAGAAACAUAAACUGCCCGUGAGUCGUACGGUAGAAACGGCCCUCAGUGGCGGCGAGGCGGGCGCCGAGUUGACGUGGACGGAUAUGCAAUAUAAUAUUAAUACAAUCAUUGUACCAAUUUCUUGGUCCUUAGGCAAACUGCCUGUGAGUCGUACGGUAGAAACGGCCCUCAGUGGCGGCGAGGCGGGCACCGAGUUGACGUGGAUGGAUCCACGCGCCGCCCGCACGGACGCUGCCGCCCGCGCCCGAGCCGCACGGCACCCACCUCCUAGCGACGCGGUCGUGUUCCUGGUGGGGGGCGGCAACUACAUAGAGUACCACAACCUCAUCGACUUCGCCAAGCAACAAGCAGCUAGCGGCACGCCUAGAAAGAUUAUCUACGGAUCCACUACGUUGCCUAACGCAUCUCAGUUUUUAAAACAACUAUCCCUAUUAGGAGAAGAGAUCCAAUGAACAUUCCCGAUCCGACUAAUAUAUUGUAUAAUAAUUAUGAUAUUAUAAAUUAUUACUAUGUAUACACCUACUUCUAGAAUAUGAUUUGUAUAAUUUACUUAGGCUUACGGAUGGACAAUGAAUGAAACAUGUUUCAACAAGUUGGCAUUUUAUUUACAAUGACAUUGAAAAUAUAGCUAACAUCUAAUACACUACUAAUAAUUUUGAUUGUUUUGAACAAGAAGUAUAAAAUCUAAAUCACAAGAGUAGUAUUUUUUUAACAGUAUCAGAUCUAAAACCAUGAACAAUACGAAGCCUCAUAAAGUUCUCGUGAUGGCAAUAUUUUCAAACCCAAUGUACAAAUAAAAUUUAAUAUUCAUAACAUGUUACAAAUAUAUGUUUUGAGAAUGCCCUGAAAUAAAAUCCGAAUUUCCCAGCCCUUACACUAUUGUGCUAAUUUAAAAACUAAACUGUAUAAUAUGAUCAAUUAUUUUAAACACGUACAUAAUAAUCCUCGAAAAAUAGCCUAUAUGUGUUAGGUAUUACUCUAAUAUUAUUAAUAAACAUAUAUUAAUAAAGAAAAAUAUCUGUAUUAAGUGAACGAGGAACUUGAAUAUCUUAGUACUGCGUAAAUAGACAAUAAAUAAUAUUUUCUGACGGAUAAAAAUAUUAAUUAGAUUAUUUUCAAACUGACAACAACCUGAUAUAACAAUAAAAAUAAAUAAUUCUUAUGAAUAUAACUAUCACGGAACAUGAUAUGGUUUUGGCACAGUAAUUAAACAAAAAUAAGGCCUAAGAGAGACAUGCGACAGUGUACAUUCAACGGACUAUUAUUUAUCUCCCAAUCUACUCGACAUCCCCUUCAUUUAUAUAAAACAUCACAAUCACCACAUAGUAUGGUUAGAUUGAACACAAUUCCCUUACCUUUUAGCAACAAAAUUGCUUGAAACUUAACUCAAAAACCAUUUUGUUGCUACGUUUGUUUAUUUCAAUAGACAAUAGACAUAUGAGUUAACACAUAAUAGUGAAUGAAACAUACAAAAUAUUAAACCAUAGGUUUGAGUUAUUUAUUAUUAUAUGAAUUAAGUAAAUAUGAUUGUUAAGUAGGUAAACCAGUUUUACGUAAGUAUUGUGAGCUUCAAUGUUAUUUCAACAAAAUAUCGACCCAUUUCUCUCAUAAACCUUAUAACGAUUGAAGAGAGCACAAAUAUAAAACGAUAAUUAUGAUAACACAGUGUAGUCAUGGCAAAAUCACAACAACAUAAUAUAUUAACAAUUGCAAUUUUCAAACUUUUCAAAAGAGAUUAUAUUUGUGCAUAAAGAAAACAAGAUCAUUUAAAGUUCCAAACACAAGCACUAACACGUAAGAUAAGGUAGUGUUUUGUAUCUAAUGUAAAUAUCAAAGUCAUGUGUACAUAAAUAUCAGAUAAAAUCGUUAAUGUCAUACAAUUAUUAAAAAUAUUGUGCGUACAAAAAACAUUAUAUUAUAAUUGAAAACACUUGACAAAGCAUAUAUUGAUAAAGCUAUCAAAUUAAUAAAUUCACAUGAUAAAAAUGGCACAUACAUAAGCGCCCAACACUGUGACUGCAUAAAAUAAAGUCUUCAAACUCAGGACUAAAUUCAAGAAUCAAUUUAAUUUUUUUAUUAAUCUCAAAAAAAACUGAAGAUUGACUCACGAUAAUAGCACGAUGCAAACUUCAUGACGACUGUGAUGCUGAUGCCCGCACUUCUUCACUUGCCUAUUCGUAUUUGCUACUUGUAAACUUGACAACCGUCUGUCCUUACCAUGAUUUAUAAGGAAUGAAAAGGACAGACUGAUGUCAGCAAACACGAGUAACCAAGUGGAGUAUGAAGUUAACUUAAGGUCACAGCGCAGUAAACGAAAUUCAGAUGUACGCUGGGUGUCAAUCUGAAUGCCCCUAGCAUUGCGCUGCGCUCGCUGCCAACUUUGGGUUUGAAUCGCAAUAUACGUGUGAAUUAAGGUCUGUAUUAUAUCGUUUUGGAAUGAGACUGAUUCGAUGACAUGUCGCCACGUCAUCAUAAACGCCAUGAACAACGUAUGAUGCCGCAUUGAGCAACGUUAGCGGAAAGCGUGCUCCUUAUGACUCACUUUUUUAUGUUAAAAGGGUGGAAACCAAGCAUAUGGGCCAGCCUGAUGGUAAGCUGGCACCACCAAAAUACCUUUUUAAGGAGCGAAAUAAUGAAAUAAUAAGUGGCCGCAUAGAAGCACUAUAUAGAUCUAUCUUACAGCUACGACAACGACCCAAAAAGAUAGCUAGGUGAUCCAUUUUAUCUAUUUACUUUUGUAAACACUAGCAAAGUCCGCCAUUUACUGUAUUUUGGUAAAGAAGAAUAAAAUAAAUAAAUAAAGUCAAAAUACCUUUAAAAACUGAAACACUUGCUAUACAUAUGUAUGCAAAGAGGGAUUUUGUCACAGUGUCUGGCUACCCAUUAAAUAACACCGAAAUAAAUACGAAAAUAGCUAAAUUUUAACGUGCCCUUAUAAAACAUAGACAGAUCUAAGUAACAGCGUCAACAGAUUAUGCUUAUAUCUAAUGAAUCCAUUACAAGGACCACAAAAGUACUAGUUACACAGAUUAAGGCGCAUUUAGACGAAUAUUCCGUGUAUACUACACUUAAAAUAUUAAAACCUUAUGCAAUAUAAUGCUUUAUAACAAUCAAGCAGUACAUGUUUAUGGAAAUACUUAACGACAGUAUUAAUUUGUCAACAAGUAAACUCAUCCCUUAACAUAAUGUAAGUAUAAUUAUGAUUGUAAUGGACUUAAAUGCCAUUGACAAUUUAUAACAUACGUCUAAUUACUAAGUACGAAAUUAAUUGGUACAAUUUAUUUUUAAGGGGUCAUGGUCAAGUAGGUAUAUGAAACAUUCGUCAUUGGAGGAUACAAGAUAUAGGUAAUACGGUUAUUCUCAAAUAAAAAUAGGUACGACAAAUGAUAUUCUCUUUAAACAAAGAAAAAAAAUGAUUUUCUAGCGUUAAGUUUAUUUCAGUACAAACUAAACAAUCUUAGACAUUCUUUUAUUUGUUUAGUGAAACGUAAAAUAGUAUUAUACUUUUCUACGCAGUGUUUUGUUCACAUCACAGAAAAAUAAUUUAUAAUUUGAUGAACUGCGACAAAAGAUUGAGUAACCAGACGUUAUGCAAGGGUUACAUCUCAAAAAUCAUUGCACAAAUCCGCAAAAGAAACGUUUAAUUUUCAUGUCAAUAUAAUUAUAAUCAUUGUACAAACAAGAUUUAUUAAAAUUUCUACACAAGGAAGACAAAGAGUAGGUAAGUACUAAUAAGGUAGAAAUAUAACUUUUUUCAAUCCCUUCAGCACAAAAAAAUCAAUAGAACUCGUGCAAAUUUACAAAUAAAACCAAUAUUUCUCUAUUAAUUCAAUUAAAAAGCUCGGACGGUAGAUACAUAUCAAUCUAAAUGGAAUAUGUAUCUUCUCUAAGUGUGGCCUUUUUUUAUAAUUUGUAAGUCAUAAUUAUGAAAUAGCUAUGAUAUAACAUAGUUAUAAGAUGUUUACAACAGAUGGAAUGUUCGAUGAAUUUAUUAAAUUGUGAACUCUAAUGUAUUUUAAGUUCUUUACAAAUAGGCCGUAUUUGAACUGCUACAUAGGUGGAAAAUAACAGAGAGCAUUUUUUACAAAUAUAACGUACGCUUAAUCGAAUACGCUGGCGUGCACGCUUAUGUUUACACUAUUUUUUUAGUACAGUAUUUGCGUUAUUUUAAAGUUCGGUGUUCUUGAUGCACGUUACUCAUUACGUGCAAUAUUCGCAACUAAAUGUAUUAUGAUGACAGAUGGUAAUGGUUAACACAAACUUUGGACUGUAUGACUGUACUAAUUAGUCAGCGUGCUAUAAACAUGCGUACAUCUCUUGCACUGCGUAUCAUCAACUCGUAUUACGAAUUAUUGUCAUGGAAAUCGUUAUUGCAAAGAUAUCACGACAUUGUGAUCGCUAACUCUUUAUGUUCUGGCGAAUGGACUACCGAUAAAUUAAGCGCGAAAUUUCCAACAAAUCAUAAAUUGGUGAUAAAAUCGCAAAAAAAUCAUUAAAACUUACAGUAUCACCACCAAAACUAAAUCGUAUAUUGUCAUCAGUUCAAAUACAGACAGAUAAACCCUUAAAAAUAAACUAUAUAACAUAUCAUUUAUUAAAUGUGAUGAGAAUGCUUAAUUUAAUUCAAUGAAAUACAAUGGUCACUAUAAAGCUUCACAAAUACACCAUUUUGUAAAAUACAAUAGUCACUAUUAAGCAUCACAAAUACACCAUUUUGGAAUGUUAAAUAAAAUUGAAUUAGAAUCCAUCGAAAAAUAUACAUAUUUUUUGGUUAAUAUGGAAUGUACAAAUGUGAAUAAUCUAAUACACAAAUAGUGAUAAAAAAUCUUUUUAUUUAUUAUUAUCACUGAUUAAAACGUUUUAAUAUUUUAUAAUAAAGUAUUUUAAGAUUUGUGAAAUAAUUCUAAUAAAGGUACCUACUUAAAAAAAACAUCGAUAUGAUUUUUUUCUGCCAAUCUAUUCCGCUAUUUCUGGGUUACAAUAUUCUAAAACGCCCGCAAUUUUCAGUCUUAUAGACAGAUCAAAAUGUUUUUUAUAUUUUAUUUCAGCGCCCAUCAUAAAUACCCGACGGACGCUUAUAUAGAUAGACCCCACACAGGCACUGCUUAAUAGGGCAGUAAAGUCCAUUUUUAUAUACUCAUAUCAGAAAGAUUAAGGUUUUUAAAUCUUUAUAAUAUAUAAAUUAAUACAUAUUUUCCUUGGUUACGCCAAACUUGAGAACGAACAUACCGAUUUCAUCCAUUUAAGUUCUCUAACAUUUCUGGUUUUCUCGGAAAAAAUUAAGUAAUUUGCGGAAAACUAAAGUUAACGGGGGAAAAGUCGCGGGCGGAAAGUAGAAGCUAGUCUAUAAUAAAAUCAGCAAUAAAAUCUUUGCAUUCGAGCAAAAACAAAAGAGUACAAACACAAAGUUUUAAAUGUGUUGGAAAGUGAAACAUUAAAAAACAAGAAAAGGACGCAACCAGAGCAAAAUGUCCCGACCACACUCGCAGUCUUUGAUAAAAAGUAAUAAUGUGUAUAACUCAGAUUACAGAACUAAACCUUAGGCUACUACCCUAUAAUGUUUAUUCAAACUGAAAUUAAUUUCACUAAAUUGUAGACUUCUAAAUCGAAGAAUAAUAAACCCUUGCAAAGCAAUAGCAAAUAAUGAUAUUAUAUGUUUUUAAAAAUGCAUUUUUUAUUGCAUUUUCACUUCAUUAGGCCUGUAACAUCAAUGGCAUACAACAAGUCCCGAUUAGCGUCCAUGACAGGCUUGACUCUAACGCAGCCGUUAUGAUUUCAACUUUGAAUUCAUACCAACUGAUGAUUUAAUAUAAGGUCAAUUAAAACUUAAGACCUUUUUACCUUUUUGGUUAUAUGCAAUAUUAGAAUCAAGCACGUUAUUCUACAGCUUAGAUUUUGAUUCAGAGUAUUAAACUUAUUACCAAAUUUAAUGUAACAGUGCGACAUACAAACAAAUUACUAACCUACUUCAAAAUAGGCAUUUGUGAUAACCAGACGACAGGAAGGAUUAAACUUUAGAAUCAGAAAACUUACACUACAUAUAAGUACCAAUAACAUUAUUUCAUGAUUUUUAAAAACAACUACUAGGUAUUUGAAGGAUUAAAUAGGUUAAUAUUCUUUAAUAUACUUAUAACAUGAUUCCUGUCACAAGUUUAAUGUCGAUAUUGAUGAUUCAAAAUGUACACAUUGCAAUACCUUUUUUUUAAUUUUUAUGUUUAGAAGCUAAUGAAUAUUGUAUAGUCCAUUAUUAUAAUGCUUAGAAAAUUCAUCAUGUAUUGUUCCUAAUGAUUUUGCAACAGGUCUUACAUUAAGUAUAGGUAUAUAAGUGAUUAUCACCAUAGCUAAAUAUUUAAGUCAGUAUCUUUAAAUUAAAGAGAAUGUUGUUUAACCUAUGUUAUUAUUUAAAAAGUGAAGUUCAAGGAUAGUUAAAAGUUUCUUGAUAAACAAUUUAUAUGAUACAUAUGAUACAGUCAUGUAAAUUUAAUAGAUCAUACAUUAAGACAAAUCCGCAAAGAUUUGAACAUGAGAUUCCAAGUCACUCCUGAGAAAAUAGAUAAUGGAUUUUUUCAGUUUUAAGAGAGUUGUGAAUAAGAGAGUUUUAGUUAAAUUUGAUAAGUUUAAAUUUGACAGCAGAAUUCAUAAUAUGACUAGGUAUAAUGUCUUAUAACAGUUCGUUGAUUUCCAUUACCUAAAUAUGCUUAGUAAUUACUUUUUUAAGCAAUGCUCCAAUUAAAGUUUCAAGCGCUGAUAAUGUAUAUAUAGCGAUGACACAAAUCUCAGGCAUGUCUGUUAGCAACUGUUUGGACAAUGAACAUCAAUUACUAUGGCACGUCUACCAAUUUAAUAAGUACCACAGACGCUCCAAUGAAAAUGUGAGCAUAACCAACUCACAAUGUUUUAUAAAUUCAAUAAUUCUGUAUUAAGUACCUUUUCAAGCAGAUGUAAAUAUAUGGUGGCAGGUUAAUUGGUAUUAGAUUAUGCAGCUAUUGUUUGGGCUGUGUACGACUCGAGCUGCUGCUGUUUAAUGCCAUUUUUUGCAUUUGCCGGAUAACUGUUGUAGCAUGAUAUGCCUGUUUCCAACGAGACUUUGCGAAAUUCUUUUUGAGCUGCUCAGACACUGUACCAUGUAUAUUCUUGUUGCUGGCUGCAUUUCCAGAAAUCCAAGGGUGUGCCAAUGCUUGCCUGAAAGUAUACCUCUUCUCCACAUCUACACACAUCAAAUGCCGAAUGAAGUCCUUAGCUGAAUCACUGAUGUCAUCCCAAUAUGGUGAGUCAAAUUCAAAAUCUCCUUUUAAUAUUUGUGCAAACAAGUUUGCAUCAUUUUCAUCAUAGAAUGGAGGGUAUCCACACAACAAUAUGUACGAAAUUACUCCUAUACUCCACACAUCAACUGCCUUCCCAUAUGGUUUUUGUGCAAGCACUUCUGGUGCAACAUAUCCUGGAGUUCCACAAGCAGUGGCCAUUAUUCCAGAGUCUUCUAUCUUUGAUAAACCAAAAUCACUUAUCAUUAUUUUGCUAUCCUCAUCUGCACUAUAGUACAAGAGAUUUUCUGGCUUUAAAUCUCUAUGAACUACACCUUGGGAAUGCAUAUAAUCAACAGCUUCCAACACUUGUCUAAUGAGAUUUGAUGCGUCUUUUUCAGUGUAAGAGCCUUUUUCUACGAUUCUGUCGAAUAAUUCACCACCUGUCACCAACUCCAUAACAAGGUACACUUUGCUUUUGUCUUCAUAUGUCUCUAACAGCUGGACAAUGUUUGGAUGAGAAAACAUUUUUUUCUCUCCUCCUUCAACUUUUGCUUGCUCACUAAAUCUUUUCAACACUCUAAUUUCAUUCUCCAAUGAGUCUUCCUUUCCCUUUAAAGCUUUUUUAUCGAUAAUCUUGCAAGCGAACAGCUGGCCGUUUUCCUUGCUUUCUAUCAAUCUCACUUCCGAAAAAGCACCUGUGCCUAGCAAAUCUUUGACGGUAUAUUUGUCGUCAAUUGAUGGUUGCUUCUCCGAAUCCCGUGCAUCCUUUUUAGAUUUUCUCCCAAAAUCUUUCUUGCCAAACAGAGGCAUCUUGAUGCCCCUCGCUUGCAGAUGUCGACCUACACUACUACUUCACUACUAAUAAAUAUCUACGUACAUAUGGCAGAUAUAUCGAGACGACGGACAGAACAAUAAUCUUACUAGGUGGCUGGCUUCACGGAUAAACGAAACGGAAUGUUGGCAGAGUAUGUUGCGCAGGGCGCUUACCCAAGGUCAGUCGAUUUGUCAAAAAUUCGUUACGUUUCGUUUUACACGUCUGAUUUUAAAAAAGAAAGUAAAUAUGUUUUUUUUAUUAUAUUUUGCUGUUCCUUUACAUAAUUGUAUUUGUUAAAUUGUAUGAAUAUUCGUAAAUGUUAUUAUUAUGGCUAGUAACGUCUCUCUCACUUCACAGCACACAGAUUCGUAUUGCAGUAGUAGUAAGGAUGCAUUCAUA